UGGGCCUUCGCGGCGGCCAAUGGCGCCCCGGGUGAGGGUGGAGGGGUGGGAGGUCCCGGCCGGCCCGAGGUGCGGAGCUCCCGCCGCGCGAGUGCCCGACCACCUGGUCGUCAUGGAGGAGGUCCCGGCUGAAGAGCUUGAUGAGGAGGAGCAGCUGGUGAGACGGCAUCGCAAGGAGAAGAAGGAGCUGCAAGCCAAAAUUCAGGGAAUGAAGAAUGCUGUUCCCAAAAAUGACAAAAAGAGGAGGAAGCAGCUCACGGAAGAUGUUGCUAAGUUGGAGAGAGAAAUGGAGCAGAAACACAGGGAAGAACUGGAGCAAUUGAAGCUGACUUUGAAGGAAAGUAAGAUAGAUUCUGUUGCUGUUGACAUUUCAAACUUGGUACUUGAGAAUCAACCACCUCGGAUAUCAAAAGCACAAAAGAGACGGGAAAAGAAAGCUGCAUUGGAAAAGGAGCGGGAAGAAAGGAUAGCUGAGGCUGAAAUUGAGAACUUAUCUGGAGCCAGACAUAUAGAGAGUGAAAAACUUGCUCAGAUACUAGCAGCCAGAGAACUGGAAAUGAAGCAUAUUCCAUCUGAUGGCCACUGUAUGUAUGGAGCGCUUGAGGAUCAGCUGAGAGAGCAGGACUGUGCCCUGACGGUGGCUGCCCUUCGGAGGCAGACUGCUGAGUAUAUGCAAAGCCAUCCAGAAGACUUCCUGCCAUUUUUAACAAACCCCAAUACAGGAGAUAUGUAUACUCCAGAAGAGUUUGGGAAGUACUGUGAAGAUAUUGUGAACACAGCAGCGUGGGGCGGUCAGCUUGAGCUGAGAGCUCUGUCUCACAUUUUACAAACACCAAUUGAGGUACUACAGGCAGAUGCUCCUCCUAUUGUAGUUGGUGAAGAGUAUCCAAGGAGCCCUUUAGUGCUGGUAUACAUGAGGCAUGCAUAUGGCUUAGGAGAGCAUUAUAAUUCUGUUACACGGUUGGUGAACUCAGCUACUGAAAAUUGCAGCUAGUUUACAAGAUGUUACACUACGUUUAUAGAGUGCACCAGUCUGUAUAUUCCCACCAAAUGCUAGAUUCUUGUAAAUGCUACUGAAAAACAUAACUACCUUAAAUCAGUGUUUUGAAUGCGCAUAAGAACAGGCUUCUGAGAAGUCCAUUAGAUUAACUCUCCGCAGUGCUCCCUUAGCGACAUUCUGAGAGCUUAAGUCUACUGUGGAGACAUCAUUCAUAGACCAAGCUGUUACUUUCUUCACUCGUUUAGUUAUCACGGACAUUCUGAUUUGGAAUAAAUUUUGUUUUAAGUUUUGGCCCCAAGCUUUAUGUUUCAGAAGUAAGUAUUUCAGUGUAAGUUUUCUUAAAGGAUGGAGACUUGGUCUCUGUCAUCAUAGGAACAUUGUAGUGACAGCAAGUUUAUUAAUGCUUAUAAAAUGCGUGAGAUCACAGUGACUUUGUCCUCACUAGGAUCAUGGCAUGACACUUGUUAUGCAGCAUAUCUCUGUUGCUAAGAAGAAACAAUUUUUGAAUACUUACACGAGAAUCAGUGUAGUUCAAAGAAAUGAAACAAAAUUGGUGGUAAAUAGGUGUUCGUUGUAUCCGUUUUGAAUCUUUCUUAGAAAUUGGAGAUUUCCUUUUUAUGUGUGUAGUUUAAGAAGUCUGUAACUCCUGCUUUGCUGUUUUGUUUUUUUUUUUUUUUUUUUUUUUUUUUUUUAGCUUGAGGCUGGAGUUAAGUGUUGUAUCUUGGUUUUCUUCACACUGAGAACUUCUACAUUUUCCCCAACAUUAUUCAGCUGCUUUGCUUUCCCUAGAGCCUGUCCCACUGAGAUGCACCCAGCAGCCUGUCACUGCUCACCUGUGCAAAGUGAGGCUGUAGUAAUAGAAGGGACCGUGGCUGUAUUCUUUGUAAGUCUUUCCUGUCCUCCUAACCAGAUCUCUGCUGUGCUGACCUUCUAGGUUUCAAGAAAGCCCUGGCUACAAAUUAUUUUGUUGCGUAUUGUAUCACUUUUCCCCACUCACAUGUUUGAUUAUUUUAUUGUAUGUAUAGGUUGAAAGUUGAAGGUGUAGAGCAGUAUGGUAAAAUCAGUGCAGAAGCGUGUGUAACUGGGAUUUUAAACAUUUUAUAGCAAUGCUCUUUGUAAGAGAGUUGUACCCCUGACAAGUGUGUCUGCUAUUCUUCUGUAAUGGUACAUGGGAUGGGGACAGAGCUCUACUAGAGCACCUGCUCAUCAUCCAUGAGGCUCAUGGUUCAGUUUCUAGCACCAGCAAAACAAAACAAAUUAUGAAAAUGAAACCUUUUAGUUUGACCUGUUUUAUUCCAAGUUAGAACUAAUAAUGAGGAUUAAGCAUCACCAUAUUUAUAAUAUUUGGGCCUUUGAUCCAUGUAUUCAUCUAUGAGUAAAUAAUGGGCUUAUGAUGUUAAAAGCAGGUAACAGUGUGGCAAACUAGCAGAGACUGUGGUCAGCAGAGCCGGGGCUCCCUGACUGUCAUUCCAGCCGAAUAACAUAUCAUACCUGCUACAUAAUGUCUGAAGAGUGUCUGCUUUGUGACUUUUGAUCUUUUAACUCUGAAAUUUAUAAAAGAAUGAAGUUGUAAAAUAAAUCUUUUGAAUUUAUUUUGAAGUAAUGUUAUCUUCAUGUUAAAGUAUCAGCAUUAAGGAGUAACAUGAAACUGAGCGAUUGCAAAUUCCUUUUUCAACAAAGAUAUUUUAAAAUAACUCAUUGUUUUGUUGUUUUAACAAGAAUUUGAAUGUACUUAAUUAUGUAUUUCUAUUUUUUGUUUAUAUGUUUUAUUUUAAAAUGGCCAGUAUAUUUAUUAGUAAAAUGUAUGGCCAACUUCUACCAUUUUUGCUAUAAAUAAAAAUCUUUUAAAAAUAGCGAAUGUUGAUUUGAAAACAACACAUGAGAAUUAAAUUUGUUGCUGCUGUUGCUGGACUAAUGGGAAACUCACUAGCUUUCCUUAGUCCUGAUUGGAAACUUGUUAUGUCAAAAUUCUGGAAUGGGUCUUCAGCUAAGAAUUUUAUCCACUCAGAUAUGUUUACAGCCUGUAAAAAGUGAAAAAAAGAAUGUGUAACUAUUGUGAGCAAGAUAUCUUUGCUCAUGUCUGAUGUCUGCCAAAAAGAAUAAAUGAUAAAGGAGUUGAAUCAAUA